GAUGACGUCAACGUGACGUCAUUGGCGAUUGACAUUUGGCAUUUAAGUUGGUAUUUCGAAGUUCCUUUGUUUUUAAUAUGAGCAAAGUUGUGCAAGCACGUUAAAUAAUAGGAAAAGUGUGUUAAAACUACAAUAUAAACAUAAACAAACAUGAGAAACAUAUUAAGUUGUAACAUACUAUUUUAGUUUAAUAUAUUAGACUUCUUAAAAUAUCGCGGUUGAUUUAAAAUACUUAGGUGUGCGUGGGUGAGGAUAGUUUAAAUAUGAAGCCAGGUAAGAGCUUGGAAACUAAAGAGGAGAUAGUAGAAGUCCACACAGCAGCUCGGUCUCCAUCGCCGAGGCAGAAAGGCAGGGAACGCUCACGAAGUCGUUCGGAUUCACGUAAAUUAUCUAACGGUCAUGCUCAUCCAGAAACCCCCGAAAUAACAACUGAGGAACCACCAGAGAAGGCAAAAUCCAGAGAUAACUGGACGAAAUCAGAGCAGGAGUCACUCGACACAGAAUUACCGAUCCAUGAUCAAAUAAAAAUGGGUAUACUUGGUUUUGUUGAGAAGGAAAUCAAGAAGUCUGACAAGAAUCCAUCAUUUGUGUUUUAUUCUCAUGAUCCUAAUGGUUUAGAUGAGAAGUUCAUGAAGACACUGUCAAGACCAUCGAGCGGUCACAAAGAGAAACGGAGCCCUUCCUAUAGAAAAAAGAAACGACAUUCAUCAAAACACCGAGACAGAGAAUUGCAUGAUUUUGAAAUACCUGGUUCCAGUCUUAUAGCCUUAGAAAAGGUUGACGACUAUUUAAAAGAAUACAAUAAAGAAGAAGUGGUCACUCUCAGCGGUGAAUUGGAGAUUGAAGCUAAUGACGUUGAAAAUAAUAAUGGUAUGACAAAAGAGCUGCGGCACAAGCCAAGGAAGACCAGACGGAAAGUGAGAGAGGAACGUCAGGAUGCUAUCGCCAAUGGGAAGGACGUUAGUCCUAAGGUUUUUAAGACUGGUACCCGGGCAAAGACAAGUGCUAAAGCAACCCGACCCACAGAUCUGACUACUAUGUUGGAAAGCCUAGAAGCAAGUGUUCCAUAUCAUGACCAGUAUAUUGAUAAUCCAUUUUCAUCACCAUCACCACUUACUUCACCGAAUGAUGAAAGACUGGAUCCCUAUGGCCGUAGACCUGAAAAAAUAUACUUGCAAGGUGGUGGUACGUUUAGGGCAGUGUCUCGCGACAGAAUAUUAGAGUCACAACAAUCAAGGGAUGGAGAUAAAUAUUUAAGAUUAGGAGAUCUGACCCCAUUAGAUGUCGCCAUCACGGUCCAGAAAGCUUGGCGUAAUUGCGCACCAGCUUGUCACGGUAUACUUGGCGGGCUGUCCCUCAUGCAUCUCCUGCUUAUAAGCUACUCUGACAGCUUGGAUGCUGGACACUUGUCUUUCCAUGCUGUGGUCACAAUGCCCUAUGUAGCAUCUUACUAUUUAUUCUGUGUGCUGAGUUUGUUGUCUGUAUUGGACAGGUUGGACGUAACCAGCAUUGACCUGACCCGUGGUCUUCAACCGUGGUUCCAACCCAUCGUCCUUGUCAUCCUGUACACGGCGUGUCUGUUGGUUUGUACCGCUGCCAGGAUGUACGACGAGCUGAUGGUGUACCAGUAUGCACCGUUGGUGGCCAAUUUUACUGGCAAUGUCACCACUCCCACAAUACCAACUUUUUAUCAUACAUGGACGCACUUUUCAAUAUGGCGCGCAGUGUUGUCAAUACUAGGAUUGGUUUACUUCGUCAUAUCAAAUCCACAGGAUUUGGUGCACGUGAAUCUCAGUAAACUUCUACAAUUUAAACAUACAUUACAAAGUAUCGGAUGAUUGAUCUGUAUUUUAUUCAUACAAAGAAAGCAAUGUAUAAUAUUUGACAAAAUAAUAUUUACAUUAUGUAUAAAUAUGACUUAAUUAGUAAAGGUUAAUGGAAUGUAUAUAUUUUUGUUCAUUUGCAAUUUUAUGAUAGUGUACGAAUUUAAGUUUAUUAUGAAUAUAGAACGGAAUAUUUCAAACUUAAAUCGAAUGUAUUCAUUGAAAUAUUUUUUUAUACUGUAACAUUUCGCACUGUAAUCAGCUUUUCGUUUUCGUUCGUUUCGUAUGUCAGCCUUAUUAUUAAUUUGGAAAGAAAUACGUCAGACUCGACAAGAAUUGGAGAUAGAAGCUCAGCAGAUGGGUUAAGUAUCAAGUUGUACAGCACAUAAAUGUUACUUAAUAUAUUUUUAUAUUAUAAUUUAUAAUGAUAAUUGUUCUGUUUUAUGGGGUCCUGUGAAUCCUUAAAAGGCAAUGGUCAGAUGUUAUAAUGACUUCCAUUCGUACUCCUAAUAUGUAUGUCACAAUUUGUAUAAAUAUGUAUUCAUAAACAGUGUAUGUAAGGCCAACAUGAUUAUUUUGGCCAAUGGCCAAUUAAUGGUAAACAAAGCUAUUUUGACCAACAUUUUCAUUCACUAUACCUUAUUACUUACUGUUUAAAAACUUAAAAGGGCCAUAACGUGGUAAUACAGAAUUUAAAUCUAAACCUUAUGUAAUACAUGAUAAAGAUUACUUUA